CGCGAUCGGGGCUCGGUCGCCGCAGUAACGGGCGCGGCGCUGGUGUUGCGCCAUGAACGCGCGGGCUGCGAGGGCCGCGUGGGCCUGGGGUUGGGGUGCCGGCUGCCGCCGCGGCGCCUCAAGCUUCCCGGUGUUCCCGCCGGGCGCCGAGAGGGUGGCAGAGCUGCUGCGAGGAGCUACAGUGGCGGAGGAGGAGCCCGUGCCAGCGACGACGCGGCGAAUGCCGGACCAGUGUUCGGUGCUACUCUUCCCUGGCCAGGGUAGCCAAGUGGUGGGCAUGGGUCGCGGUCUGCUCGCCUACCCACGCGUCCGAGAGCUCUACGCCGCCGCCCACCGCGUCCUGGGCUACGAUCUGCUGGAGCUGAGCCUGCACGGGCCGCAGGAGGCCCUGGACCGCACCGCGUACUGCCAGCCCGCUAUCUUCGUGGCUUCGCUGGCCGCGGUCGAGAAACUCCAUCACCUGCAGCCAGCGGUCAUUGAGAACUGUGUUGCUGCUGCUGGAUUCAGUGUGGGAGAAUUUGCAGCCCUAGUAUUUGCUGGAGCCAUGGACUUUUCGGAAGGUCUGUAUGCAGUGAAAAUCCGAGCUGAGGCCAUGCAGGAAGCUUCAGAAGCUGUCCCCAGUGGAAUGUUGUCAGUCCUCGGCAAGCCCCAGUCCAAGUUCAACUCUGCCUGUCUGGAAGCCCGAGAACAUUGCAAGUCUUUGGGCAUAGAGAACCCAGUGUGUGAGGUGUCCAACUACCUCUUUCCUGAUUGCAGAGUGAUUUCAGGACACCUAGAGGCUCUGCAGUUUCUCCAGAAGAAUUCCUCUAAGUUUCACUUCAGACGCACCAAGAUGUUGCCAGUUAGUGGGGGGUUCCACACCCGCCUCAUGGAGCCAGCCUUGGAGCCCUUGGAGCAAGUUUUAAAGACAAUCACCAUUAAGGAACCUCUGAUUUCUGUCCACUCAAACAUCAAUGGGAAUCGAUACAUGCACCCCAAGCACAUCCAGAAGCUGCUGGCCCAGCAGGUAGUCUCCCCGGUAAAGUGGGAGCAGACGAUGCAUGCCAUAUACGAACGGAAGAAAGGCACUGCGUUCCCCCAGACUUUCGAAGUAGGCCCAGGGCAGCAGCUGGGAACCAUCCUGAAGAGCUGUAACCUGCAGGCCUGGAAGUCAUAUAGCCACGUGGACGUGCUUCAGGCCACCAAGGACCCAGACCUGGACCCCGAGGAGUCUCCUCCAUGACCGCCAGGGGCUCAAAGAGGAUGAUUGACCCUCGCCUGCCCUCCCUAGUGGAAACUGUGGGUUACUCCUGCUUUGCCCAUUUUUUUCACCCCCUCAUUCAACAGGCGGGAGGCUGAUUCCCACAUUCCUUUACAUGCCCUAGAAAUGCAUAGUGAGCACCUGCUGGUGCCAGAGCAAGCAGCCUCUGCCCUGUAGAAGGGUGCCUGGGAAGGGAAGCCCUGGCUUCCCAUGGAGAACUGCCCACAAGAAACCCACUGGGUGGGACCAGGAUGAGGCCCUCAGAGCUCAUCCUCUGCUCUACCCUAGGAGCAAGGCACAGAUGUCUCUGAGAAAAUUUUAAGCUCUUUGAAUUAAUAUUAAAUAUGAGAAAUUCUAAGCUG